GUCUCACACUAUGAUGUAACAUUUGUAGAAGAUGCGUAUUUCUAGUGAUUUUAUUUUGAAAGCUAAACCCGGAAGUUCCGCUAUUGAAAUCUGUCCGACUUGACCCAUGCAAAAAGAACUGGAGGGAAAAAAAAAGAGAAAAAAACGGAGAAAAAAAAGGCAUAUCUGAGACCUUUGAGGGACGGAUUUGGACAAAGUUUCCCAACUGUCCCGUUCCGAGGAAGCUUCGGGGGGGUUGAAAGGGAGUCCAGUUCACCGAAAUAAUGGACGAUUCCCAUUUCAACUCAUCAUACUUUUGGUCUCCCGUCCCCACAGUACAAGGACAGAUCGAGAACGCCAUGUUCCUGAACAAAGCUAAAGAUCAGCUGGGUCCAGACAAGGCCAACGUGCCCCCCUUCCCCCACUCUUCUGCGUCUUCCACCUCGUCCCCCCACUACCCCACGGCCGUGCUCGCCAUCCCGAGCUCAGUGGACCCUGGGACCGGGGUGCGGGUGGUCCCCAAGCAGGAAGGAGGUGGGGGUCCRGUGGGAGGAGGUGGUGGAAAUAGCAACGCCCCUAUGAGUGGGGUCGGUGGCCACCUGCACCAGUCCCACACCUCCCAGAACGUCACCGUCGUGCCUGUUCCUUCUACGGGUAUCAUGACUGCAGCGGGUUUAGUGAUCACCACCCCACAGGGCACGCUGGUCCCCACAGCUUCCACGCAGUCCUUUGUAGCUGGACCYCACACUGCUACCACCAUGAUCGUGUCUGCAGUGCACCCCUCCAAYACAGAUAAGAAGGAUGACAUCACUGUUCCUCCUGCUGUCGUCAUGCCGACACCAUCAAAGCGAGGCAGGAAGAGCAAACAGAUGAUGAGCAGAGUGAGCGGGGUCCUUCCUCCAGGAAGUGAUGCUUUAAUAUUGGCACAUCUUGCUGCAGGUGGACAGCACCACAGUGCAGACCCAUAUGAUCUGUCAAAUGAUGAGGACGACCAUACUGGCAAAGACGGCCCUAAAUCCUACAGAUGUCGGAUGUGUUCGGUGACGUUCUUCAGCAAGUCCGACAUGCAGAUCCACGCCAAGUCGCACACYGAGGCCAAGCCCCACAAGUGCCCCCACUGCUCCAAGUCGUUUGCCAACUCCAGCUACCUGUCCCAGCACAUCCGCAUCCACAGCGGGGCCAAGCCCUACACCUGCACCUACUGCCAGAAGACCUUCAGGCAGCUCAGCCACCUACAGCAGCACACACGAAACCACACCGAGUCCAAGCCCCACAAGUGCCCCCACUGCUCCAAGUCGUUUGCCAACUCCAGCUACCUGUCCCAGCACCUCCGCAUCCACACGGGGGCCAAGCCCUACACCUGCUCCUACUGCCAGAAAACAUUCAGGCAGCUCAGUCACCUCCAGCAGCACACACGAAUUCACACCGGAGACCGACCCUACAAGUGCAAUCACCCAGGUUGUGAAAAGGCUUUCACUCAGCUGUCGAACCUGCAGUCUCACCGCCGGCAGCACAACAAAGACAAGCCGUACAAAUGUCACAACUGUAACCGUGGUUAUACAGACUCUGCCAGCCUGGAGGUGCACCUGUCCACGCACACCGUCAAACACGCCAAGCUGUUCUCCUGCGGCCUGUGUCACAGAUCCUACACGUCGGAGACAUAUUUAAUGAAACACAUGAGGAAGCAUAACCCCGACCCGUUAACGGUGGCUGCAACCGUAGCCGCCCAGCAGGCCCAGGGUCUGACUCCGGGGACAGGCCGGGGCCGUGGCCGCGGUCGAGGCCGAGGCGGCGGCAGAGGGAGCCAGCUGCAAAACCAGAACAACCCCAACACCAACCAGGGUCCCAAUCCCGGACCCCAGGGCAGCUACCAGCCCACCCAGCAGCCCUCGGAGGCCGUGGUUCCCUGUCCGUUCGACCUSCACCAGUACAAAACGGUGUCCGCCAGCGAGAUCCAGUACAAACCGGUCACUGUGGGCGAGCUGCCGGUGACCCAUAAAGACCUCUGCCUAACCGUGUCCACGUCUGCCAUCCAGGUGGAGCACAUGAACUCGUAGGCUGCGUCUUCCCGCUCGCUUUGUGGGGUGAGCUCAUAUCUGCGGUGUAAAAAGCUCCAUCUGAACUGAUCCUUCAUCCUCACGGUCUUCUUUAACAAACAGGACAGAACUGUUUCCACACUCAUCACUGAACUCCACAGCGUUGUGUUUAUAUUCUCUGAACUGCUCUGAUGGACAGUUUGAAAAGGGAUUGAUGCCGUAUUGCAAUACAAUCAGAAGAUAAAAGUCAAAAUCAUCCAAAUCUGAAGCUUAAAAUGUUGGGUUAGAUUACAGAUUAUCUCCAGGUUCCUCCCAGUAGAAAAGCUAAUGUGGUUUAAACAUUCAUGAAAUGAUAAAAUAUGCUUUUAUAAGGCACGGAUUAGUGUAAAUUUAAAUUUUUAAGUAGAAAUAAGGGAGAGAACAGACAAGCAGUCAUUAUCAGCUACAGAAAUGACAGCGUUGUUCUAAAGCACUGAGGAAAAAUAAUGAACUAAAAGGAAGCUUGUUUAGGGAACUAAGGUUAAUUUCUGCAUCUGAUUCAAACGAUUCAUUUUCCACUCAUGCUCCAUCACAAGAGCCAGGAUUUUUUUCUUCCUCAAAGCCCAAAGUACUGAGCAAAAGAAGCCGAGCRGUUCAGGAAUGUACUAAAACCUGAGGAAUCUGCAGCAGAGCGAGAUGGAAACAAAAGAAACGAAAGAGAGAGGAGGAGUCCUAAAGAAAGCACUUGAUGAAGCUCGUACUUCAAAUCUUUGUCAUUGUUUGUUUUUGKUUUGUUUUUUUCAUAUAUAUAAAUCAUACGUUUGUAUUUUUCUACCAACAGAGGAUUGUGUGAACAUAGAGAAAACGUGAGUGCAUGAUAAGAACAGGGAGACAAAUCCCCGGCAAAGUGUCUCGUUCCAUUUCUUUUAUUAUUCCAAGAGCAGCGCUCCUCUUCCUCACGAGUGAAGAGAGCUUGUUGUCGGAGUGGCUGAUGGGAAAUAAUGAUUGUGUGGUAAACACAGCUGACAGGUACUGUUAUCAACCUUUUUUGUUUUUUAAGAACUUUUCAUACAUAUUAUUGCUACUUUUCAUUAUAACUGUAGUGCAAAUGUUAUUCACAGUAUAUCCACUAUGAGGCAUUAUGGUAUUGCAGUAUGCUGUAUAUAAAAUAUAGAAAAGACUUUUUCAUCUGUAAAAGGGAAGUAUGUCUUGUGUACAAAAUAUAUGAAAAAAAAAACACCUGUGUAUAAAUUUCUGGUGAUGUCCCAGGUUGAUCCACGUCGGCUGCAAAAAUAAUUAUAAAUAUCUGCUUUGAAAGGCUCAAAAGUUAUUCAUAAUGUUAAAAUGCUGAUUUAAACAGCAUUUAUUUUAACUUAACCAUACAUGAAAUAGGUUUUAAUUUAACCAAAAGAAUUAAAAAAUAUAUUUCGGGGUGSUUUACUUAGAUUAGUUUCAUUAAAAGUAUAAUUUUGCACAUGUGGAAAAUGAGUCUCAUCCCCCAAAUAUUCUUAUUAUCAGGAAAGUCAUAACUCCCMUUGUGGUGCUGUUUAAAAGUGAACCACUGUGAUCAGAAAGCCCAACUUAAAUGAUGUAAAAUUUAAUUUAAAGGGUGAAUAAAACGUGACCUGGGACACUGUGUGAGCUGUCUAAAACCAAUCAGAAAGUUCAAACAGCCUGUACAACAAGCCGGUCUAAAUGURUAAUCAACCUUGUAUUUUAUUGUGUUUUUAUGGAAGAAAAUAACAUAGCAAUGCUCCUGAUAAUACAGUUAUUAACUGACCUCCUAUGUUACACUCUUUGCAUACUGUAUGCACCGUUAAACCUCUUCAUCUGAACAGACUGUUGCUUCCUUUACGGAGAAUAAAAUUCAAAAGCUGUUUAUGAUGGAAAAACA